CAAAAAUGAUUUUGGUGCAGUUCAGAAGCUCGCUGCUCCUCUUGGCGUCAGGCUAAGAGAGAAACACUUUACUGCCCACCAUCACCGGUCGACAUCAUGAGCAGCAUCGUUCAGCACCCCUGCGUUGGUCGGACGCCAGCUGCUAGGAUGCCCAAAUCUGUGACUCGUGAAAGCAGUGAGACCUCCAGAAGCAGCAGCAUCAGCAGUGACAGCAGUGGUUCUGGAGGGAACAUCCGUUCUCUCCUAUCCAUGAGUGAGAGCGUGCACGCUAAUCUGAGCAGCUUCUUUCCAGAGCAAGCACUGGAGAAGGAAAAAACCCGUCAGCGGAGUCAUCAGCUAGAAGAGAUAAAGCGCCUAAAAGAGGUUCAUGCUGCUGCUCAGCUCAAAAACCUAGAAGAUUUUCUGAAGAUAAACCGAAUCUCUCUCAAAGACAGUUUGGCACAUACUACGGGGAUGAUUUACAGAAAUUUGGGAAAAUCAGGCCUGAGGGUGUCCUGUGUUGGAUUAGGUACAUGGGUUACCUUUGGAGGCCAGAUCACAGAUGAGGUGGCAGAGGAAAUGACAACUUUGGCAUAUGAGAGUGGAAUCAAUCUGUUCGACACAUCUGAAGUGUAUAACUGUGGAAGGGCAGAAGCCGUGUUGGGAGGCAUUAUAAAGAAGAAAGGGUGGAGGCGUUCCAGUCUCGUUAUCACUACCAAAAUCUUUUGGGGAGGAAAUGCAGAAAUGGAAAGAGGACUUUCUAGAAAACAUAUAAUUGAAGGUUUGAGAGCAUCACUGGACAGACUUCAACUAGAGUACGUGGACGUUGUGUUUGCAAAUCGACCAGAUCCAUACACACCUAUAGAAGAGACAGUAAGGGCAAUGACCUAUGUAAUCAACAGGGGGAUGGCUCUGUACUGGGGAACAUCACGAUGGAACUCCAUGGAGAUUAUGGAGGCGUAUUCUGUAGCACGACAGUUCAACCAGAUCCCACCCAUUUGUGAACAGGCAGAAUACCACAUGUUCCAAAGGGAAAAGGUGGAAGUGCAGCUCCCACAGCUUUACCACAAAAUAGGCAUUGGAGCUGUGACCUGGUCUCCAUUGGCAUGUGGGAUAAUCUCGGGAAAAUAUCGGAGUGGAAUACCGCCUUCUGCACGAGCGUCACUUAAGGGAUAUGAAUGGAUGAAAGACAAGAUAAAGAGUGAGGAGGGUCACCGGGAGCAACGGAAACUGCAGGAACUAGAAACUCUCGCACAGCGACUACAGUGUACCUUGCCACAACUUGCUAUUGCGUGGUGCCUGAGAAAUGACAAGGUGAACUCUGUGCUGCUGGGGGCUUCCAGACCCGCUCAGCUGCUGGAGAACAUCAGAGCCUUACAGGUUCUUCCGAAGAUAACAACGUCCAUUGCAUCUGAGAUUGAUUGCAUCUUGAAAAACAAGCCCCACUGUAAAAACGGUUUCAGAUUUUCAAAGGAGCACUGAUAGGCUGCUGCAGACCCAGUGCAUGGCAGGAUUUUGAUCCUGGUGUAAUUCAUGCACACGUCACUGUUUUUAAAAGAAAACAAGCGACUGAAAACAAAUAAAGACAUUUAGACAACA